AUGUAUAAUGAUCAGUCCGAUUUCUCGAUUGGCGCUUAUAAGAUGGCGCGGUUUGUGUCUUUUGUAGUUUUGAUAUUAAUUUUUUUCAAUACUGGGACAAGGGCUGUUCAGGCUCCUGUUAAGCUUCUUAAUGACGGCAAUAAGAUAUCUAUACUUGCGCUUGGAACUUAUGGAUCGAGAGAAGACAUCUCUCGGAUGCGACAGGCGGUCUACUGGGCAAUAGAAGCUGGCUACCGACAUAUCGACACGGCUGAACUAUACGGCAACGAAGUGGAGAUCGGACAGGGAAUUGCAGAUGCUAUACAGAAUGGCUUAGUGACAAGGGAGGAACUUUUUAUCACUACGAAGUUAUGGAACAAUCAUCAUGCCCGUGACCAAGUGAUUCCUGCACUUCGAGACUCGUUAAAGAGGCUGGGUCUGAAUUAUGUGAACUUGUAUCUCAUACACAGUCCUGUAGCACAAAAGGAUGACGGUACCUUCGAGAAUAUCGAUUACUUAGACACUUGGCGAGGUAUGGAGGACGCGAAGAAGCUCGGCCUGGCGAAGUCCAUAGGAGUUUCCAACUUCAACAGCGAGCAGAUUGGCAGAAUUUUAAAGAAUUGUGACAUAAAACCGGCAGUUAAUGAAAUUGAGGUAAAUCCAACAUUAACUCAAGAGCAGCUUAUAUCUUACUGUCGAAGUGUUGAUAUUGAAGUCAUGUCAUACAGCCCUUUUGGUUUUAUGGUGGCCAGAAAGAAACAAAAUAAUAUUUCACCCAGGUUUGAUGACCCGGAGUUGACAAAAAUUGCCCAAAAAUAUGGAAAAACUACAAGUCAAGUAGUACUCCGUUAUUUGAUUGAUCGAGGAACCAUUCCGAUACCAAAAUCGACAAAUAAGGAGCGAAUAAUCCAAAAUAUCCAAAUAUUCGAUUUCAGUUUAACCGAAGACGAAAUUGCUAAUAUAAAUAAGUUUAACAAGGAUAUAAGAGUUGUAGACGUUGUUGAAUGGAAAGAUAAUCCAUACUAUCCGUUUAACAAAGUCUAA